CUAAAUACAAAAUAAAAAGGACUCCAUAAAAUAUUUAACGAACAGAAACCAGGACCCAAAUCGGAUUCUCCAACCUCCACUUGAAUAACUUUUCAUCUUUAAAGCAUAAAAUGAAACAAAGACAACUUAAUGCUUUACAUAUCUGGUCGCAGUCACUGCAGACAGCUUCUAAAAGUCCAGGAUGGGAAUUUGUGCGACCUUUUCAGGGUCAGCUAAAAAUGUAAUUAGUGUGUUUAUAAAACAGAUUAUACAGUUUUUCUUUUUUUCAAACUAGGAUAAAAGGUCAGAUUCAGUGGAUUAUGUCCUGAACUAUUAUCAACUUAUUGGCUUAUUUAACAAUUUUUUAUCCACACAUUAUUAAUAUUUCUGUAAUAAGUCUGGAAAUGAAGCAGAAACAGAAGGAGAAGAAUUUGACACAAAAAUAUUUAUCUAAAGAACACAGCAUAUGCAGCACUGAGAGAUCAAGCCCUCAUUUUUUAUUUUCUUCCAAGCAGCCAAACAUGAAUCCAGUCUUUUAAAGUGGUCGUCAGAGUUUCCUUUAUGGCUGCAUGUUCCCUCAUGUUCAGUCCAACAAUCAACCAUUUUCAGGGGAUUAUUUCCUGUUAGGUUACCUCUAACCUACACAUCAUUCAGGAAUAAAAACGGAUGAACAGUACUUUAUUGACACAGAAGAGGAGAUUUAGCAAAGAACCAAUUUUAAGAUGGGUCUUUAGCCUCUUUAUUAGCAGCUGCUUUUUACAUGUGCAAUGUGGCUCACCACCCAGGACGGCAUUACCUGGGGGCAGCAUCAACACUACAACAAAAGUGAUCUGUUAGUGUCAUCCCAAAUACGUUUUCGAUCUUUCAUUUGAAUGUCCAGUGCAUGUUUUAUACACUGUAAGAAAAUGAAGUUGAGUGCGACUAGCUAAUGGUGCUGAAUUAAAGGGCCCCAGUGUUUUAUAAGGAAAUCAAGAGUGCAUUUGAGAAUCUCCAGAAGUCAAACCUGGACAGAGAUUCUUGAAAACACAGUUUGAGAUUCAUAGAACAUCUAUUCUAUUCUGUGUGAGCUGUUUUAAUGUGUUUAUUAAUAUUUGGACCACAAUAGAUUGAGAGAAACAUGAAGAGCAGCAUGUAUAAACUGGUCCAACCAUGUAGAAGGUUGCAUAAGAAGGAGCUCACUCAUCAUUCAUCAUUCAUACAUGAACAGCAGCCUGUCAAAGGAUUCAAUUGAACCCUUUGAAAAAAGAGCAGAGAAAACAGAAAUUUAACUCAUGCAGAUGAUGCAUCUCUCCGGUCCUGUUUUAGAACUUUGAUGAAUGUGUUCCUGUUUCUGUUACUCUUCAUCUGCUGUCAGGAGUGUUUUAGUGUCCUUCUCUGAAAAGGACUCUAGUGUUCUGGAGUCCUUUUCUUAGAUUUUAGUUAAGGCAGCACUACACAUUCUUUCCAGACUGAGAAGAACUGAAACUGAGUAAAAAAGCAACCAAAGUCCAAAGUAAUAACUGUCCUUCAGAAAGCCUGUUGAUGAGCACUUUUAAAAAACACGGGCAACUGUGGAUCAGAGGACUGGAUAUUCAGAAAGAAUCUGUACUAAACUGCUGUUUGCUUCAUGUUUGGUAUUAAAUUGUGAAAAUUUAACAUCAAAUGUUACCAUUUCAUAGGUUUAACUAAAUUAUUCAGAUCCGUUUUCCUUUUGGACUUUGUGAACAGGGCGUUUCACCUCUAUGAGCUCCAGGAAACUAAAACUGUCCCACUUUGUUUCAGUACUUCUUUAAAUCUGAGGAAGUUUGCAUCUUUUAAAAUACCUGCAGAACCAAGGACCUGGAAUCUGCACUAAUUAAACCCAAUCAGCGCGGUUUGUUGUCAUUAUUAUGGGAUGUUGCUGAUGUUGACUGUGGGAGAUAGUCUCUUUCUGUGGGAGUGGUCUCCUCCAGGUCACAUGGUCCGGGCCUUUGUUGAUGUGAUCCGGGGGAGAAAGAACAGGAGCACGGAGAAAAAAAGAAAGAAAAGUACCGGCCCGACCCACCGAACCUUUCCUUCCAGCUUCCCCGGCGCACAGACGGUCCUGCUCGGCCUGGAUGCUGCAGCUGCAGCCCCUCCGGAGCUCCACCUGGAUCGGUUGUUCCGCGGCGCCCCGCGGUCGCUUCUUUUCCCCGCCGGUUUGAGCGCUUGGCAGCGGGGGCUGGGGGAUGGAGGCUGUGUCCGGGCAGUGAGGUGUGGGGGUCGGUGUGCGUGCAGCCCCCCAGGCCCUUUGCUGCUUUGUUAUCCCGGGCUGCGAUUUAAAGCCCUCCUCCCGGCUUUCUCCUCGGCUUUUCCAGCCUGUUUCUUACUGGACGUGUUUCUCCUGGAAGCCCAGAGGAGUUUUGGGAGAACACAUGGACACAAAGAGGAUUUAGGGAUUUUAUUCUUUGGCUGAUCUCUCCUUGCAUUGAGGAUUUUUUUUGAGAAGACGCCAGAAAAACACUGAUACUUUCUUUUCGCCCAUUCUGUAAAACCUCCUCCAUUCAUCUACAUUUAUCCCUCAGUCUAUUCCUCCACUCCUCUCUGCCUCCCUCUGUCCGUCCAUCAUGGCUCCUCUGCACCGGGUCUCCUGGUUCUGCUGCCUGCUGGUCCUGCUGGGUCUUCCCGCAGCCCGGAGCUCGUUCCCCCGUAGCGGAGGCGGUGGCGGCGCGGACUGCGGCCCCGGGAAGGCCUCAGAGUGUCCAGAUUUGUCAGACAAGAAGAGCGACCUGCGCGUGUGCGAUGCUGGAACGUGUCGUUUCGGAGGAACCUGCCGCGAGAACGGAGCCGACAUCAAGUGUGUGUGCCAGUUCCACUGCAAUAAGAAGUACGUCCCCGUGUGCGGCUCCAAUGGAGACACGUACCAGAACGAGUGCUUCCUCAGGAGAGCUGCCUGCAAGAAGCAGAGAGCCAUCAGCAUUGUUUCAGACGGAGCCUGUUACCACGAUGGAGGUUCUGGAUCUGCAGAUGGAGAUGAUGAAGGUUCUGGUCGUGGAAAAAAGGCCUCCAAAUGUGGAAACUGCAAGUUUGGAGCCGAAUGUGAUGAAGACUCUGAGGACUUACUCUGCAUGUGUAACAUCGUGUGCAACGGCCACAACGACAACCCGGUGUGCGGCAGCGACGGCAUCACCUACGACACGCCGUGCCACGUCCGCGAGGCUUCCUGCCUCAAACAGCUCAAGAUCGACAUCAAACACGUCGGACGGUGCCAAGAUAAAAGCAGGAAAGACGACGGCUUAAAGGGGAAACCAGACAUUUACACUGUGUCCAAGCCUGACGAGGGCAACGAUAUUUUGGACAGUGCUCUGCCUUGUCCUGAAGACUACGCUCAGUUCUGUGAACACGGCCAGUGUGAGAUGAGACAUAACCUGCCCACCUGCAGGUGUGAAGCUGCGUACGGCGGCCCUCAGUGCGACCAGCUGCUGGACUUUAACAUCCUGUACGUGGUGCCAAGCGGCCAGAAGCUGCACUACGUCCUCAUCGCAGCCAUCAUCGGAGCAGUCCAGAUCGCUGUCAUUGUUGCUGUGGUGAUGUGCUUCACCAGGAGGUGCAACAAGUCGAAGCGUGGUCGCAGACAGAAGCAGCAUCUGGGCCACUUCCCGUCAGGAACCUCCUCUCGGAUGAUGUAGCCAUCAUCCUUUUAUUCCUCCUCAUGUUUUUAUAUAAAAAUCCAACCAGUCCAGUUUUCGUACUACGCAGACAGACUGCAGUUUUAUAUCGACUUCCUGGUGCCUCUUUUAUUAUUUCCCCUCUUUUUUAUUGUAUAUGAUUUGUGAUUUUUUAAAGGGGCCUUAUUUGUCAGAUUUCCCUUCACGUUUUCCUGUUGUUGUUUCUGUCCAGCUGCUUUCGAGCUUCGAACACUGUGGAUUCAACAGGAAGCUGAAACUUUAUUAAUCUGAUUGUAUCGUCACUGCGGCGUCAUCAUCAAACUGGCGUCGUGCAGGUUGUGUUUUAGUUUAUGCCCUGUGGGACGCACGCUGACACUGUUUUACUGGUUUGCUUUGGUUUUACCUUUAGAAUCGUGUGUCAAACUGUUUAUGUGGCCUAGAAAAUGCAACACAGUAAAGUAAAAUCUGAAAUAUGCUGGAUGAUUGUGCUUGAAAUUUUCUUUUCUAGAUCUGUGUUGCUGAUUUUGUUGUUGUGACUUUCUCAGCCAGUGUUUCCAUGUUUUACUGCUGCUGAACUGUUCCGGAGAUUUUACUUUCCAACAUGUAUGGCUGAGAAACUGUUUAAUUACUUGGAAAAUCAAUGUUUUCAGCUUUGAUAGCAUCAUAUCUUAUAUAAAUAAGAAAAAUACUCUUCACCUUAUUAGAUCAGGCUGGUACCGAUUACCAGAGAUCUGACUGAGCAGUUUGGAUUUUUUAAGGACAAUGCCCCAUGAAAGAGAAAAGGUUGACAGAUGUAGACAUUUUAAAUCCAACUGAAAAUUAUUCAAUUUAAAGUCUCUCCAUUUAUGGACCAAAGCAUAUGACCCUAACAUUUAUUUAUUACUAAACUCAAAAAAUGUGCGUCAAAGCCAAUGUUGUUAAAAAAACGCAUUCAAAGUGGUGGCAGUUCUUAGAUAUUAAACAUUAAAUGAACAGGGAAAACUUUGAUUUUUCAGUUUUUUGCCUGCUGAUCAUGAAAUCAGGAAAAUAACUGGUUCUGAUCUCUGACUACUUGAUUGGUACAUCCUUACUGCAUGUCAAGUAGUAAAAAGAGAUCUAUAUUAAAAACUAGUUUCAUUAACAUUCAUGAAAUGUAAACCCUAUAACUUCAGGUCAACUCAUUUCGGAUCUGCUCUGCCUUCUGAUCUGAUACAAACUGCACUGAUAUAGGCGUGGGCCAGUAUGAACAGCUAUGAUCAAUUUAAGUGAAAAUACCACAGUUUCACGGUUUACCACCUUGUUCUUUACAGACGGAUCGAAGUCGAACACCCUGAUGUUAGCUGGGCGGUUAGUCUCCAUCACCUCAGGAAGAGCCUGCAGUCAGCUGCUUACAGGGAUGCUGCUUGUUGCUUCCCAGCUGUAGAGUCGACACGGUGAUACCUUCAUAACAGUAGCCAUGUAGUCUGUUUUUUUUUCUGUCUUUAUCAUAAGGAUGGUAAAGUGUGGUAGACUUCUUUCAGCCAGCUGAUCAGCAAUGCACAGUAACAGGUGGGGAAGGGGCAGAUAUUACAGCUAUAUUACAUACAACCAGUCGAUCCACCAUAUUAACCACAGCAACCAGUCCAUGCCUGGUUUGUUGGCAUCAACUCUGGUGUCAAAGCUUUUUUAUUUUGGACCGGCUUCAGCAGAAUCUUGUGCUGCUGAACUCUCAGGAACAGAAAUUGUCCUAAAUGGAUAUGAAACUUGGUUUUCAGAUGAAUGUGACAGAUUGUGUUGUUAAGAGAAUAAAGGAGAGCGGUUCUUUUAUUCUUACUCAGAGCUGUUAUGAGCAGCAGCUAAAUGCUCUCAUUUGGUUUUUGUCUACUAAUGGUUUUAUGUCUGAUGGAAUUUAAAAUGACAAUAUUAUUCUUCUGGACAGUAACAUAAUGUUUUUGCUCCAUAUUUAAAACAUUUCCUUUCAAAUUCAUAAUAAUUAUUUAUUUUGUAGCUAAAAUUAAAGUGACAAAAUCUUGUGACAAUUCUUUCCUGUAAAUCACUUCUGUUUGACUCAACUUUUUGUCCCAAGCAUGUUGUAAAGCCUUAAAUCUCCAGGGGGCGCUCUCCAUCUGGACUCCAGGAUGAACCGGGACCAAAAGCCCCCUCUGCUGUUUGUUUUCUGUUUUGUUGCGUCUCACAGGGUCAAAAAUAGAAAAUUUGACAUUUAACGUGACUUUAUGUUCUUUGUUCUGUGUUUGUUAUGAUGAGAUGCACCUGAAAACCAAAAUGCUGUUUUUUCUACUGCUUAGGAAUUAAUGAGGUACAAGCUGACAUGUACAGGUUAUUAUUAUUAUUAUUAUUAUUAUAAUUGUUGCUUAAUUCUCAGAUGACACCAUUCCGGAAAUGGAUAAGGAUGUUUUUGUGUGUGUUUGAACCAGCCGAGGAUAAUUUAAAAUGUUUUUUUUUCAUAUUAAAAUUUGUAAUGAUGGUACGAAGUGUCUGAUUUAUUGUGGUAGGAAGAGUAGAUCGAUAAGCUGGCCAGAGGUUCCUUCAUGUCUUGCUGACCUGAGAUCAGAUGUUCUCUGGGUUGUGGCUCCCGCAGGAACUCGGCCUGAUUUUACUGUAGAUGUUGCGUCCUGCAUGAACCAGUGAAGCUGUUUAGACUGUGCUGUUGCUGAACUAGAAUUAAAUUAUGAUGUUUGAA